AUGACGUCAUAUGGUGUGUCUGAUGCUAUAUGCUUUCCAAACGAAUAUGGCCCUCAUUGUAACUUUUGCAUUCCGCACGACACCUGCACGGAAGGCCACUACACGUGUGAUGUAUAUACCGGAAAUAGACUAUGCCUGCCGGGUUAUACCGGUGUCGACUGCCUGACAAAAAUAGACACGGAAGCGGAAGUGGUAGAAUACCACGUGCGUUGCCCGGAAAACGAAUGUCGUAAUGGUGGAUUUUGUACGUCCGGUCGAUGUUGCUGCAACCCGGGGUUUAAAGGUGACCUUUGUGAGGUCGAAAUCAUCGAAUGUCAAAAUGACUCGUGUUUAAAUGGAGGCAUUUGCAAAGACUUAGUCAAUGGGUUCAAAUGUUUAUGUAAACAUGGUUACUCCGGAAGUCAAUGUGAGGUAAACAUCACAGCGCAUGCGCAAACACAGCCACCACGUGAUUCUAAUUGCCAAUCAAGAACCUGCAUGAAUAACGGGACGUGUUUUGAACUGGACGUGUUCGUCUACUGUGUUUGUCCACUUUGGUUCUCAGGCGACAAUUGUGAAAAGGACAUGCGCCCGAGUGGAAUGCCGGCUGGCUGCCCCGUGGACCAUUACGGACCAAGUUGUAACGUACAGUGUAGACCACGUGACACCUGUCUUGACGGCCACUAUAUAUGUCACCCAGACACAGGAGCUAAGAUAUGUCUUCCAGGUUGGCAUGGUUACGAAUGUGGAUCGCGUAUUGUGCCGGCGGUAAAAGACCCCGCCUGCCAACAAGGCCCCGGAUGUAAGAAUGACGGUCAGUGUUUCCAUGGCAGCUGUUGCUGUCGUCAUGACUAUACUGGAAGAUACUGCGAAAUAGCAUCAACCGGCUGUCUCAGCUCCCCGUGCAAGAACAACGCCACCUGUCUGAAUAAGGGUAACGGAUUCCAAUGCAUAUGUCAACGUCACGCUUCAAGAACGCUAGCAAAAACACCAACGGCGUUGUCAGGGUUCGACCCGGAACACUUCUCCGUCCAGCCUGACUUCUCCAACCCCGGGUACUCCCCGGACUGCGACUCGGAUGACGAGGGUGUGAAACAAGACAUGUAUAUUGUCAAUGAUUGA